UUUUUGUUGUGUAUGGGUUGACCCAUGGGGUUCCGAUUGACCUGUGAGCGGGUGUUGUGGACAGGUCUUCCAGGUCCGGCUUUCCGGUCAGGAUAUAGCCUUCAACCGCACCGUCACCAUUUUCGCUCCUGCAUCCUUCAAAGAUUCUCACCGAUUCCUUCUCUUCUGUCGAUCAGAAGCCCUUAUCUCCAUGGGAGAAUCUCGUGACUCCUUCGUCCAUCACGCUCUUGGCGGCGGCACAGUUGCCGAUGUGUUGUUGUGGAGGACGUGGUAUGGUAGUGUCGCGGCGCUCUUAGGCUCCACUGCAUUGUGGUUCCUGUUUGAACGAGCAGGCUAUAAUCUACUCUCCUUUCUUUCCAAUGUGCUUUUGCUUCUAGUUCUAAUUCUUUUUUUCUGGGCUAGAUCUGCUUCACUUCUCAACAGACCUUUGCCUCCCCUUCCUGAUAUGGAGAUUUCAGAGGAAUGCAUUGCAAAUGCUGGUGAAGUAAUGCGUGUGUGGGUUAACCAUGUUCUUGCAAUUGCUCACGACAUUGCUAUAGGAGGCAAUGUUAGGCUUUUUGUUCAGGUUGCUUUUGCCUUGUGGGCGAUAUCCUAUGUUGGAAGCUUCUUCAACUUUCUGACGCUGGUCUACCUGGGAGUUCUUUUCAGUCUAGCAAUACCACCACUAUAUGAGAAAUGCCAAGAUCAGAUUGAUGAUAAGCUUGUUUUGGCUCAUAACGUCAUCCUAUCGCAGUAUAGGAAAAUUGAUGAUACAAUUUUGAAAAAGAUUCCCAUGCAUCUAAACAAAGACAAGAAGAUUGAGUAGUUAAAAAAAGGUAGUUUAGCUUCUAGUCUCCAUGGGGUAUUGUGAAUUUUGCUCUUGAGCAGGAUUGGCUGCCCAUUAACCAGAGUAUAAUAGAGAAUGCUGAUAGACACAAAUACCUCGUCCGUUAUGUGUGAUUGGAGUUUUUUGAGUCUUGAGUGCUGAUAUAACUAAUUGUGUGGCUUAAUACGUUGGGUUUUACAGUGGUACUCGGUACCUCACGUUCGUAGACGUUUAAAACAAGGCAUGAUUUCAAUAUGAUUUCUAAGGUUUGUGUUAGAACUGAUGAUAACAUGUGUUGGGUUUCCCACUGCAACUUAUAUAUUCUGUAUGUAUGUUGUUGAUGUGGUGUGGGAGGAUUCCAUCCAAGCUGUGGGUCGAUUUUCCCUGUUGGGGUGGUGUCCAUUUGCCCAUUCCCACGGCCCAUAUGCAUUUUCCCUGUUAUUCAUUCUCUUCUUUGUAUGAAUGAUACGAGUAUAUGAUAUCAAAACUGCAAGAAAUUGGUCAUGAUAAAUGUUGCAGAUUAUUCUCUUUUUCUUUUUUUGAAGAUAAAGAGGUAAAAAUAAUAGCUCAUUUGUUGAGAGAAAUAUUUAGAUGGAGUAAGAUUGUAAGAGCCUAUUUUGUUAUUCAGAUUAUUGAUCAACACUUUCAUCGAACAUGUAACUUUUGAUUUCGCACGCUGAAAUAUGUAAUAAUCAAAAUAAAUAAUGCU